ACAGGCGAGUGUGCAGUGAACGAGUAACGUUAAUUUACUUUCCUUCCGGAUUUUGGCCCGCUAAGCUGUCAGGUUCGUUUAUAUUCGCUAUACGUACGCAAUUUAGUCUCUUUCGGGUUUUAAAAGUUUUCUUGAAAAACUUUGACGACAGCAUUUAUGCAGUGAACCAGCGUUUUGUCAUGCAGCUCGUGCUUGUCUCUAGCUAAAGGCACCAUGCUAUCGUUUGGCAACUUUGUGUCAAAUUCGAAUAGCUUGCGCCUUUAUUGUCCAGCAAUGUUACGCGUGUGUUUAUUUCAGAAGCAUGUUGGCGGUUCUUAAACCAUAAACGUCUUUAACAAACUUGAUAGGAGCUAAAAUGAGGAGUCGCAGCAACUCUGGAGUUAAACUCGACAACUACGCGCGGAUAGUUCAACAGACUAUUCUGCGUCACCAAGAUCCAGUGACAGGUCUGUUACCAGCGAGCAAAGAACAGCCUGAUGCCUGGGUCAGGGACAAUGUGUACAGCAUCCUAUCUGUCUGGGCACUUAGUUUGGCUUACAGGAAAAAUGCAGACCGGGAUGAAGAUAAAGCUAAAGCCUAUGAGCUUGAACAGAGUGUUGUGAAGUUAAUGAGGGGACUGCUUCAGUGCAUCAUGCGCCAGCUGGACAAGGUGGAGAAGUUUAAAUACAGUAAGAGCGCUUUGGACUGCCUCCAUGCCAAGUACAACACUCACACCUGUGCCACCGUGGUGGGUGACCAAGAGUGGGGGCAUCUUCAGCUCGAUGCAACUUCACUCUACCUCCUUUUCCUGGCACAGAUGACCGCCUCAGGGCUGCACAUUGUGUACACUCAGGACGAGGUGGAUGUGGUACAAAAUCUGAUGUUUUACAUUGAAUCUGCAUAUAAAGUGGCUGAUUAUGGGAUGUGGGAGAGAGGAGACAAAACCAAUCAGGGGAUUCCUGAGCUAAACGCAAGCUCCAUCGGAAUGGCGAAAGCGGCACUUGAAGCGCUAGAUGACUUGAAUUUAUUUGGAGCCAAAGGGGGACCUUGCUCUGUUGUUCAUACCUUACCAGAUGAUAUCCAGCACUGUCAGUCCACCCUGAGCUCCAUGUUACCCAGAGCCUCAACAUCUAAAGAGGUGGAUGCUGGGCUGUUGUCCGUCAUUUCAUAUCCAGCCUUUGCUGUGGAGGACAUGGAAUUAGUCAACAUCACUAAGGAGGAAAUCAUCUCCAAACUGCAGGGAAGAUACGGCUGUUGCCGUUUUCUUAGAGAUGGCCACAAAACUCCUAAAGAGGACCCCAGCAGACUGUACUAUGAAUCUGCUGAGUUAAAGCUUUUCGAAAACAUUGAAUGUGAGUGGCCACUUUUCUGGACCUACCUGAUCUUAGAUGGCAUCUUCAUCAACAGUCCAGAGCAGGUGCAGGAGUAUCGAGAAGCUCUGGAAGGCAUCAUGAUCAAACAGAAAGAUGGGAUACGACUGCUGCCUGAGCUCUAUAGCGUUCCUCCUGAUAAGGUCGAUGAAGAGUAUGUUAAUCCUCACUCUGUGGAGAGAAUCCCAAUGGAAAAGUGUCCUCUGAAGUGGGGACAGUCCCUUUAUAUACUGGGCAAUCUGUUAGCAGAGGGUUUCCUGGCUCCUGGAGAGAUAGACCCAUUAAACCGUAGGUUCUCCACCAUCCCUAAACCAGAUGUUGUGGUACAAGUGUCCAUUCUUGCUGAGAAUGAGGACAUUAAGGCCCUGCUGCUGAAGAAUGGAAUUGAUGUGGAGACCGUGAGAGAUAUCCACCCUAUUAGAGUGCAGCCGUCUCGAGUUCUCAGCCACAUUUAUGCAAGGCUAGGGCGUAAUGAAAGGCUGGGACUGACUGGCAGACCGUAUCGUCGGAUUGGUGUGCUGGGAACCUCCAAGCUCUACAUCAUCCGCAACACCAUCUUUACCUUCACACCUCAGUUCAUAGAUCAUCAGCAGUUUUAUCUGGCUCUGGACAAUAAGAUGAUAGUGGAGAUGUUAAGAACUGAUCUGUCGUACCUGUCCUCUCGUUGGAGGAUGACUGGCCACCCGACCGUCACCUUUCCCAUCUCCCAGACCAUGCUGAAUGAAGAUCACUCAGACUUGGACCCUGCUGUGCUGGCUACCCUUAAAAAGCUACAGGAUGGUUACUUUGGAGGGGCAAGGAUCCAGACCGGCAAGUUAUCAGAGUUCCUGACCACAUCUUGUUUUGCUCAUCUGAGCUUCCUCGAUAUUGGUAAGACAUGCUCCGGUAAUAGGGGCUGGAAUGAAGAUGAUGAUGACGGCUACUUUGCAGGUGCUGUGCAUGACCUGAACUUCAAUGAUGAUACAGAUGACCUAGCACAAUAUCUGGACCAGCUGUUAACUGCAAGUGUACCUCAGCAGGGUCUCAGAGUCGAGGCAGAGGCUAAAGGACUCAGUCGCUUCAAGGCUGCGGCCAUUAAGACAAGAGAGAUGGUGUCUCUCAUGAACAAAGCCAAAGAGCUUCAAAUCCACAAUUUGCACAUGUAUCUUCCCAAUAAGCUUUUUCGCUCCCCUCAGCCUGCAUUGAAUCUUAAAGAUUUCCCUGGACCAAGUGCCAGUCAGGGUCCAGAGGUCUUCGGGUCCCCUGUGUUUAACCUGCCGCGGGACGAUCAUGGUGCUAUUGACCACAAUGGUCUAGUCCAGGUGCUCAGAGACACGCAGAGCCUUCAUGACCAGGCAGACAUCCUUUUCAUCCUUUUUAAAGACAAGGGAAUGGAGUGGGACACACAGUUGCAUGGGAAAGGCAGCACUGUUAAGAGUUUACUAGUAGAACUUUAUCAGAAGGCAGGAGACCUCCGUUACUGGGAUCUCAUCCGCAUGAUUUCAGGCAUGCUUCGCAAGAAAGUGGAGGAACUGGACUGGGCCUGUUCAGAUUUAUUGGCUCAUCAGAAGCACCUGACAGUCGGUUUACCGCCUGAGCCGAGGGAGAAGACUAUUACUGCGCCUUUGCCUCCGGACCAGCUGGCUUCACUUAUUGAUCAAGCCAGUGAGAGCAACAUCACCAUUGCCAUCCUCACACAGGAAAUUAUGGUGUACCUGGCAAUGAUCAUCAGAACUCAGCCCACUUUGUUCAGUGAGAUGUUCAGACUGAGGAUCGGCCUCAUCAUUCAGGUCAUGGCGACUGAACUGGCCCAGUCUCUAAACUGUUCAGGUGAGGAGGCCACUGAGAGUUUAAUGAAACUGAGUCCCUCUGAGUUGAAGAAUCUUCUCCAUCACAUUCUGAGUGGCAAAGAAUUUGGAGUUCAGAGAAGUGUGCGUUCAGUUGAGCCGGGUGUCAGUCCUGUCAUUUCCAUCCAUGAGGUUGGUAAUGUUGGUGCCACUAAGAGCGAGCGUGCAGGCAUCAGCAAACUGAAAAGUGAAAUGAAGUUGACGUUUUCAGGUCAAUCCUUUGACAUUGAGCAUGUUGAGUCAGGGAGGUACCGUAUCCCUUCAAUUGAUGCAUCUGAUAGCUCAGUUGGUCUUGGCAUGCCCCGAGACAUUCGACAAGGCCAGUGGCUACGCAGAAGAAGGCUUGAUGGUGCUCUCAACAGAGUGCCUGUGGGAUUUUAUCGAAAAGUCUGGAAGAUUCUACAGAAGUGUCAUGGGCUUUCCAUUGAAGGCUUUGUGCUGCCAUCUUCAACUACAAGAGAGAUGACCCCGGGUGAGAUUAAGUUUUCUGUGCAUGUCGAAAGGGUGCUUAACCGUGUCCCUCAGCCUGAGUAUAGACAGCUGCUGGUGGAGGGGAUCCUGGUACUUACCAUGCUGGCUGAUGUGGACAUACAAAGCAUUGGCAGCAUCAUCCAUAUAGAGAAGAUUGUUCAUAUUGCCAAUGACAUAUUCUACAAGGACCAGAAGGAUCUUGGGGCUGAGGAAAGUAUAUUAGAAAAGGAUCAAUCCACAGGCAUCUGUCGGCUCCUGUAUGAUACUGCACCCAGUGGCCGUUUUGGCACCAUGACUUACCUCACUAAAGCGGUGGCCACCUAUGUUCAGGAUUUCCUUCCUAGUGGCGCCUGUACUGUACAGUGAUACAGUGUUUUUAUUUUAAUAGAGUAGUGCGUAUUGUACAGUGUAGAAACCACUAUUUUAUAGACGUUAAUAUAUACUAAUUUAACGCAGAAAUGUUAUGUGUGCAGAAUGUGUGAAUUUGAGGCAUGUUGAUAAAUGCAUAACAGGAAUAAACUUGUUGAACAUU